AUGAAUGGGCAAGGCAAUCAGCAGUGGCAGCAGUACAAUGGCUACCAAAGCAGUCAGCCCCAGAACUUCUUCGAUCAAUUACAGCAACAUGCUUCACACCCUCAACAACCGCUUUCCAACGGUCAUUCAUAUCAAGCACCACCAUAUCAGCAGCAAUAUCAGCAGCAACACCAGCAGCAGUAUCUACGACAACAAAUUGAAGUCGUAGUACCAUCACGGCCGCCUCAGUAUCAGAACCAUGUACAACAGCCUUCACAACCAAUGUAUCAACAAACCCAACAUAACCAGUCUUAUCCUCCUCAUCAAUUUCAGUAUGAGCAACAGUAUCAAGCUCCGCCGCAGUUUGAUGGCUCCGCCAAUGGUGCCGCGAUGACUCAGCGACCUCAGCCUUCAGCAGCUCAAAUGCCUCUCCAGCCUAUGCAAAAUGGCGUGCACAGUCAAACCGCAGCCAGAGCACGUGAGCCACCGAAAGUCGAAGAGCCGGCCGACCACAACUAUGGACAGAUACUACUUGUACUUGCAGAUGAAUACGCGGCAGCUGCUGAGAAAGUUGAGAAGGACUCGGAAGACUACUUCAAACUCAUCUCGUUCGCCCUAGGAUGUAUCGAAUCCGUCCUCAAGAACUAUCAGCUCCCGCCCCUGAAGACGGCUCAAGUAUCUUUUACUUACGCUCGAUUGCUGUACGAACAUACUGAGAACUACGAUGAAGCCGAAAAGGCAACUUCCAAAGCCAUCGAAAUUUGCGAGCAGAACAAUUACCUCGAUCUCAAAUACGCCCUGACCCUGCUGUCGGUCCGUCUACUUUAUGAAACGAAACCCAAGGCAGCUCUGAAGUUCUUGCUGGCCCAGAUCGAAGAGAUGGAAACGUACAAGCAUGUAGCCUGGCUGUACCUCUUCUACUUUGAAACAGCAAACCUGAACCUCCUCGAAGCAACUCGAGACUUUCAUCAUGCUAUCCACCAGCUGGAGAAGAUGGAGCAGCUCGCCGCUCGUCAUCACGACCGGGCUGUGGUCUCCUUCGCUGCUCUCAUGUCCGCCCUCGUCCAUCUGCAGACAGCACACACCGACGCUGUUUCUGCCGCUCAGCAAGCCAUCGCUAGAAGUCGAUCAGAACAGCUUGACCGGUCCAUGAAGUUGUUGCCACAGUUGCGGAUCGCUAUGGAAUUCGUGGAUGUGUGCUGCAGCAAGCGUACUUGCAGCCAGGCAGAAGUCAACAUGAAGCGGGACCAACUUAUCAAGGUUUGGGAGGAAGAUGGAGGUGAGGAUCAUCCUGCAUGGAAGACACCCGGCAGCCUCUACAUACCCAUUCACUCUUCGUCGUUGCGGGACGCGCCUCUCCAGAACGGCGGUUUGAUCGCCAAACACAACGGCGAAUACGUCUUACCCUUCUCAUGGCUCACAAAAGACAAUACCAACCAGAUCUGCUACCUGCUCUGCGCCGCCUGCCACGCCCCAGCAAACAGCAGCGAAAAGACCUUGAAGGCGGAGCAGUACUGUAAGACAGCCCUGCAGGAGCUGCGCGAGGGACAACACCCAAAGGUCUCUGCUGUCGACGGAGAAGUCCAGGAAUGUCGUAUCCUCAUUGAGCUCGCUUUCCUGCUCUGCAUGCGUUCAAAGUGGGAUCUCGCAGUCCAGCAAAACAACCUCGCCAAGCGCUUGAUCAUGAACCGCCGGCAUGCCUACCCCGACUCCAUGGCCGCCGCGACCGUGUACCUCAGUGGUUCCAUCGCCCAGGGAUUAGGUCAGCUAGACAAAGCCCUCAAAUCUUUCGAGCAUUCACUCCUCGACCCACAUCACCCGCAGCCCCGAUCUCGAAACCUCAGUCCUCCGCAACUUCAGCUCCUCUCCCUCAUCAACCGCCUCUUCAUCAUCGAUCAGCCCAACCACCCCCAACACCACAACAAGGCCUCAAUGGUCAACCUACUCAAUGCGUUCACGCAAUCAGCAACCGCCCCAAUCCAAGAUCGCAACGUCUCCACCGCCUGCCUCCUGGCCCACUCCCUCCUGACCAAAUCCGCCAUCUGGGUUGACAAAGAGCGCAUGGUCGCGGCCCUAGCCUCCGUUAAAGAAAUCCAGAACCAACAGCUCACCUCUCUGUUACUCGCAGGCAUCCAAGAAGCAUUCAUGAAGGGCGCGACGGAUAAGCACGCACUGGCGUGUUUCAAGGCAGCCUGGGGAAGCGUCUAUCGAUGGCGGGAUCAGACAUGGCUGCAUGUCAUGCACGGCGUCUCGGCGGAGAUGUUGGGGUUUCAGGGGAAGCUGGAUGAGCAGAGGGGGAAGGAGGGGUUGGCGAGGGCGAGUUGGGAAAAUUUGCCGGAUGGCAUCAAGCGCAGCGUGGACUGGGGCAGCGAGCCUGCGGCGAAGCCGAAGGUGUGA